ACGACAAAAAGUUCUAACAUAAGACUCCAAUGCUAUGAGACAACAACCUUUCUCUCUCACCCCCUUUCCUUUCUCCUUCGAAGACUGUAUCUUUUUCCGUUCAGGCUCAGUUAAUCGCCGAAAUCAGUGUAACCCGACAGGUUUCCGGCGAUUUCGACAUGGAAGCUCGUGGUCGGGGACACCGGAAACCCAUUUCGAAUCUGGGUUAGUUGUUGUUUUCCUGUGUAAUGUAACCCGAGGUUUGAACUUUGAACUCAAACUAAACCAAACUCACACCAAACACAGUAGUAGCAGCAACAACAUAGGACCAAUAAAACACCCAAAAGCCUCUGACUUUUCUUCACAAUUCUUCUCUGAGAUAUUCACGUUUCCCUCGGAAUUUUCAAGGUUGUCGACUUCUAUGGCUAGCAUUAAUGCGAACGCAGCAGCUGACGUCUCGUCUUCCGGGGAGGACGGGGCGGCGAAGGCCGUGAAUAAGCGGUAUGAAGGGCUGCUCACAGUUCGUACCAAGGCUAUAAAUGGGAAAGGAGCUUGGUAUUGGACUCAUCUUGAGCCCAUUUUGGUUCGGGACCCGGAAACCAACCUGCCAAAAGCCGUGAAGCUCAGGUGCAGUCUCUGUGACGCUUCGUUUUCGGCUUCAAAUCCGUCCCGGACCGCUACUGAGCAUCUAAAGAGAGGAACUUGCCCGAAUUUCGGCUCAGUCGCGAGGCCCGUUUCUCAGUUGCCUCCCUUAGCUUCGCCUUCUUCGCAGAAUCAUCGGAAACGAGGCUUUAAACAAACUGGAGUUCCCGUUCCCGUUCCCGUUCCCUCUAGCUCCUUCGCAGCAGCUGGGGUGCUUGAUUCUUCGCGGGUUUCUACUGAAAUAAUGGGCUAUUCAGGUGCCCAGAAUCCGCAGACAAUGGUCACUAAUACUGGCUUGACUCAACACCAAUUGGUGUUGUCCGGUGGGAAAGAGGAUUUGGGUGCGUUAGCUAAGCUGGAAGAUAGUGUUAAAAAGCUCAAAAGCCCAAAAUCCUCGCCUGGCCCUGCCCUCAGCAAGGACCAGGUUGAUUCAGCUUUCAAUUUGUUGGCUGAGUGGUUCUAUGAAUCUUGUGGUUCGGUUUCCUUUUCCAGUCUUGAGCAUCCAAAGUUCAAAGAUUUCCUAAGCCAUGUUGGCUUGCCUGCAGUAUCAAGAAAGUACUUUGCCGGAGCAAAGCUUGAUUCAAAGUUUGAGCAAGCAAAAAUGGAGUCAGAAGCUAGAAUUAGGGAUGCAGUGUUUUUUCAAAUUGCUUCGGAUGGAUGGAAGAACGAUAAUUGUCAGUACGUGGAUGAUUGCAUGAUUAAGUUUACUGUAAAUCUUCCAAAUGGCUCUUGUGUGUUUCAUAAGGCAGUGUACAAGGGUGGUUCAUUGCCAUCACAGUAUGCUGAGGAUGUUUUGUGGGAAACCAUUAGAGGGAUAAGUGGGAAUGUUGUUCAUAGAUGUGUAGGAAUAGUUGGAGAUAAGUAUAAAGCCAAGGCAUUGAAGAAUUUAGAGAAUCGGAAUCAUUGGAUGGUUAAUUUGUCUUGUCUGUUUCAAGGAUUUAUGAGUUUGAUUAAAGAUUUUAGCAGAGAGCUUCCCCUUUUUAAAACUGUAACUGACAAUUGUUUCAAGGUAGCCACUCUAUUCAAUACUACUUCUCAAAUUAGAAAUCAUUUCCUUAAGUUUAGGUCACAUGGGGUUGAGCUUCCAGGGCUAAUUAGAGUUCCCUUACCUCACUGUGAUUUGUCCAAGAACUCUGGUCCUGUUUCUAGAAUGUUGGAGGAUGUGCUGAGCUAUGCUCGGAUACUCCAACUAAUAGUUCUCGAUGAUUCGUAUAAAACUGUGUGUGCUGAGAAUCUUAUUGCUAGAGAAGUUGCGGAGUUGAUACAGGAUGUUGGAUUCUGGAAUGAUGUGGAAUCUGUUCAUUCACUGAUGAAGAUGAUCAAGGAUAUGGCUGAAGAUGUUGAGGCUGAGCGGCCAUUAAUUGGGCAGUGUCUUCCCCUCUGGGAAGCACUGAAAGUUAAAGUUAAAGAUUGGUGUGUCAAAUUUAGAAUUGCUGAAGGGACAGUGGAGAAGAUAGUCGAGAGGAGGUUCAAGAAAAAUUAUCACCCAGCAUGGUCAGCUGCAUUUGUACUCGAUCCAUUAUACCUUAUAAGGGACACGAGUGGGAAGUACUUGCCACCGUUUAAGUGCCUGACACAUGAACAAGAAACAGAUGUGGACAAACUCAUAACACGCCUGGUUUCAAGGGAGGAAGCUCCUAUUGCAUUGAUGGAGCUUAUGAAAUGGAGGUCCGAAGGCUUGGACCCACUCUAUGCACAGGCCGUUCAGGUGAAACAGCGAGAUCCAGUGACAGGGAGAAUGAAGAUCGCAAAUCCUCAGAGCAGUAGACUCGUUUGGGAGACUUGCUUGAAAGAGUUAAAGUCACUAGGUAAAGUUGCAGUUAGGCUGCUCUUUCUUCACGCAACUUCAUGUGGGCUUAAGUGUAAUUUUCCCUCAAUGCGGUGGGUUUGUUCACAAGGGCACUCCAGGGUUGGGCUCGAUAGAGUCCAAAGAAUGAUAUUUCUUGCAGCACAUGCAAAACUCGAGAGGCAUGCCUUCUUGAACGAGGAAGAUGAUAAGGACACCGAAGUGUUUCCCAUGGCUAGUGGUGAAGAUAGUAUGCUCAACGAAGUCUAUGUUGAUGCACGCUCAGUGUAAUCUUUAAUCUUUUAACUCUAGAAUUGUGAUAUGUAGGCUAGAAUUCUUUACAUUCUAUUUCGUUUGUCCACUUGUUGCUUCUAGUACAAGGUUUUGGAAAUAUCACAGGGAGAGCAGUGUAUUCUAGGAAGAACUUUCAAUGGAAAAUUAUUUUGUGAUUAAUUGCAUGAAAAAGCAGAUUUUCUUGUUU